AUGAACACAUCAAUUAGCGUUCAAUUUGAGAAGUAUAGAAGAGGAGGUAUCGGCAAAAAGGUCACUGAAUUGUAUUUAAGAGAUGAUAUCUCAUGUGGUUUAGUGAAUUGCCAAAUAUGCAAAACACCUGGAAAUACUCUACAUAUUGAAGGAGAAGAUAGAACAAUUUUUAUUUUAGAUGAAUAUACCGUCUUAACUUAGUUAGAUGUCAUUCUUAAUUGCCCAAAACUUGUGAAUGUAGUUUUAAUGCAAACUACUGUGCACAACAUUUAAAAAAAAAACCAAAACACAUAUACAAGCUUGAGAAAUUUAGUUGAGGGUGAAAUUUAUAGAAAUAUACAUAUAUAUGCUAACGAAUAUAGCAAAUACACAUACACUCCCAUCCAAUAAAAUGAAAAGUAAGAAACAAGAGAUACUCGUGCAGUGCUUGAAGCAGCUGUUUGGUAUUAAAAUCAUUUAAAGAGCAGUAUGAGAGAUAUUGAGAUAUUAUUUAUUACAAGCGAUUACUAAUCUCAUAAAAUUGCUUUGGAAAAAGGAUUAAACUCGACCACUAUAUUUGAGUUUGUUAAAUCGAUUAAAGGUGAAUAUCCUAAUUUGAUGGAUUUUUUGGGUAUCUCAGAGUAGGCUAUGGAUAUUGAAUUUGAAGGAUAAUAGGUUCUAUUCUAAGAACACCUUACUUUGAAUGAAUUGAGUAAUAAGGUCAAAGCAGGUGACCUGUUCUAAGGUAAACUUAAGAUAGAUAGAAACGAUAUUAAUGAUGGUACUGUAUUUAUCCCAAAAUAUGAUUUUGAAAUUAAGAUCAUUGGAUAACCUAACUUAAAUCGUGCUUUGCAUGGAGAUUUAAUAGCUAUAGAGCUUUUACCAGAGAACGAGUGGAUAUCAUCAAAUUAUAUGGGUGAUAAUGAAGACGAAGAAGAAGAUUUCAAGAAUGUGCAUGAAGCUGUCAAAACAAACAAUUCUAAUAAAUAGUUAGAAGAAAAAUAUUUAAAUGUAGUAGAAAAAAUUAAAAAAUUAAACUUAAAUCCUACUGGUAGAGUAGUCGGAGUUAUAAAAAGAAUCUAAAGAUAUUUCUGCGGAGAAGUUACACCAGAAGCUAUCAAUUUACCAAAUUUACCUAGUGGUAUAGAACUUAGAGAAUUUAUUCCUGCAGAUGGACGUUUCCCCCAUUUCUACUUAAGAACCACAAAUGGAUCUCAAUUAUAAGGAAAAAAAAUAUAAAUUGGUUUCGAUAACUGGAGUAAAUCUUCUAAAUAUCCUUUAGGACAUUUCAAGAUGCUUAUUGGUGAUUCAGGAGAUACUAAGGCUGAAGGAGAUGUUAUUUUGCUAGAACACAACGUUGAAUAUAGAGCUUUUUCUAAGUAAGUUCUUGAUUGUUUACCUCCAUAAGACGAUAAAUGGUAAAUUCCAUAAUCAGAAAUAAAAAAGAGAGUUGACUUAAGAGGAAUUAAUGUCUGUAGUAUUGAUCCUCCUGGGUGUAAAGAUAUUGAUGAUGCUCUUCACUGUAUAUCUUUACCAAAUGGUAAUUUUGAAGUUGGUGUACAUAUUGCAGACGUAAGCUAUUUUGUUCGUCCUGAUACUGCUAUUGACAAAGAAGCCUAAAAUAGAUGUACUACUGUCUAUUUAGUAGAUAGAAGAACAGAUAUGCUUCCAAAGCUUUUAACCGAAACACUCUGCUCUUUAAAAGACGAUGGUGACAGACUAGCAUUUUCAGUUGUUUGGGUAAUGGAUAAAGAUGCUAACAUUAUUGAAACUCGCUAUCAUAAGUCAAUAAUCAGAUCAGUUGCUUCUCUCAAUUACGGUAAAGCACAAUCUAUGAUUGAUGACGUUAAUGACAAUUCAGAGCUUACCAAAUCUAUAAGAAAUUUAAAUAUGCUUGCAAAGAAAUUAAAGUAAAAAAGAAUCGAAAACGGUGCCUUAUCAUUAGCUUCAACUUAAGUUAAAUUCACAUUUGAUGAUGAAACACAUAAUCCAGUUGAUGUUUAAUUCUACCAAAUGUAUGAAACUAACUCUCUUAUUGAAGAGUUUAUGCUUCUUGGAAAUGUUGCAGUUGCUGAAAAGAUAGUAUCUCACUUCCCUUCUAUUUCUAUUUUACGUUAGCACUCCUAGCCUAAACCUAAAUAAAUAAAAGAACUCUCAUAAAUUUUAUAAAAGAUUGGAUUUAAUCUUGAUUACUCUUCAAACAGGAAUUUAGCAGAUAGUUUGGAUAAAGUAAACAGACCUAAUGAUCAUUUCUUUAAUAAAUUGGUUCGUAUCAUGACUACCAGAUCCAUGAAUGAAGCCACAUAUUUUUGUACAGCUGAUGCUGAUUAUCCUGAAUUUUAUCAUUAUGGUUUGGCUGCACCCCUUUAUACUCACUUCACCUCUCCAAUUCGUAGAUAUGCUGAUGUUUUAGUUCACAGACUCCUUGCUGCCGCUAUUGAUAUUGAAGCUAUUCCAGCAUAUAUGUCAAACAAGCUUAAAAUGGCUAAAAUUUGCGAAAAAAUGAAUAUGAGAAAUCGUAUGGCUCGUUUUGCAUCACGCUCCAGCUCAGAUUAUAACACUUAUUUAUUUUUUAAAGAUAAACAAAUUGAAGAAGUUGCUAUGGUAUCAAGCAUUAGUAAAACUGGUGCUACUGUUGUUGUUCCUCGUUAUGGUUUAGAAGGACAAAUUAAAUUUAGUGAAAAAGAUUUAAAAGAAAACGAGAAAUUGUUGCAAGAGCUCAAACAAAAUUAAUCUUUAAUAAUUGAUUUCGUUGUAAAUGGAAACAGACAUAAAUUAUUUGAUUACCUUAAAGUAAGAGUAAGUGUUGGCAUGAAAAACUUUCAUAAAUAAAUUACUUUAGAAUAUUUAGGUCCUAACUGA